UACACUUGAUAUUUUAGCACGGAAAAUUUAUGAUUGCAGUAAAAUAUUAGAAUAUAACAAGACAGGUCUAUUGUUAGUUUAUUCUGCGGUGUUUAAAAUAAUAUUGACUAUUAGUAAUGGAAGAGGAAAGUCACUUGGCAAACGGGUCAAUAGAGUGGAAUAACUCAAACAACAAUGAAAUAAUAACUCGACCGGAAAAAGGCAAUAUCGAUAGUAGGCCUGUAUCGAUGGAAUACAAUGACAAUGAGUUUGAUGUGAAUAGAAUGCAUCAAGGGCGCUGCGGAUGUGGCUCUUGUCGUCCAAGUUUUAUGCAAUGUUUCGCAACAAUUCGCAAGUUUGUACUCUUCCUUGCUAUUCUCUCCGUUUUCCAAGGUACUUUAGCCGUCGGUUACAUAGGUAGUGUCGUCACUACUAUUCAGAAACGUUAUGACUUGCCGACUUACCUCAUCGGCUUUAUCAUCAGCGUUUACGAUAUCGGUUGCUUGUCGGCCGUUAUAUUCACGAGCUACAUUGGAGGCAGGCCGACCGCCAACAAGCCGAAAUGGAUAACUUUCAGCUCUUAUAUAAUGGCCCUAGGCGCUGCAGUAUACACAAUUCCGCAUUUUCUGGGACCAAUCUAUGUGCCGCCGUACAUAAUUGAUAAAGAAAUGCAAAACGUUGAUAUAUGCAUUUCUUCUGAUAAUAAUAUAACAUGCGAGGACAAAGAAAUACAGCACCAGGGCACUGUUGCAGUCUUUAUUUUAGCCGAGUUUCUAAUUGGUGUAGGGUCCACAAGUGUAUUAACAUUAGGAACCAUAUAUAUUGAUGAUUUCGCCAGACGGAGUGAAGGAUCCAUAUUUAUCAGUGUCCUGUACUGCAUGGGAGCAGCCGGUCCAGCACUGGGCUAUGUUUUUGGUAGUCUUUUCUUAAAGAUCUACGUAGAUGUUGGACGUGUAGACAUGGACGACGUCCAAGUGUCGCCUGACGAUGAACGGUGGGUAGGGGCGUGGUGGCUAGGCUUUCUCGUCUGCUCAAUAUGCGUAUUUAGCUCAGCUUCUCCAAUAAUAAUGUACCCACAGAGCAUGAACAAACCAGAAGAGGAGUUCGAUGAUGAGUCGAGGUUGAAACAAGAUGCAGAAGGCAGGGUGCAGAUGAGCUUUAACAGUUCAUCAUUUAAAGCUUCUUUGAUUCCCGCCGCUGCAAUUGGUACAGUGUUUGGUGCUUAUAUGAUUCGCAGGUUCAAGUUGGGACUUCGAGGGAUGUCCAAAUUCUGCUUCGUUAUAAUCGUGAUUGGUUUUACUAUAUUAGCAGGAACUUUUCUUUUAGGGGGAUGUGACUCAGUAGAGUUAGCAGGAAUAACAUAUCCUUAUCAUUACAGUGGAGAAUCAUUAGAAUCUAAUGAGGAAGUUGAUGACUUCGACCUAUUGGACUCUUGCAAUUCGGCAUGUGACUGUUCUUCGUCGCAUUUUCAACCAGUCUGCGCAUCUUCCAUCGGUAUCACCUAUUUCAGUCCGUGUCACGCUGGCUGUCAUGGCAUUUCUUUUGGCUCUGGAGAAAAUGAAGACAACUUCGCAAGUAAUUUCACCAUGUGCAAUUGCGUCACGAAGUAUCUGCAAGAAAGUGGUGAGUCCGGAGACGGGCACACGUACCCUGGCAAAUGUAGCAACGAAUGUCAUUUGUUGAUCCCUUUCAUGUUCUUACUUAUCUCCUUGGUGAUAGUCAUCACUAUGGGGCAAAUACCUCUAGUUAUGAUGACGUUACGAUCGGUUAACGACAGCGAUAGACCAUUUGCGCUAGGGGUUCAAUUUCUCUUGGUUCGAUUAUUAGCAUAUAUUCCAUCGCCAACUUAUUUUGGGGCAGUGAUCGACACGGCAUGCAUACUAUGGGAGGAUAACUGUGGUGAAAAGGGUGCCUGCAUUGAGUACGACAAUCACAAAUUCUUCCUCGUUUAUCUGGGCCUAUGUGCUUCCCUGAAAAUAGUCUCUAUAGUACUUGUGUUUAUAGUGUGGCGGCUGGUCUGUAGACAGGAGGCUAACGUCCCGUACACACAGGGAUUGGCCAGUCAUAACGAGGAUGAAGUUAUUUACGAAUUUAAAACAGGAGACUCAAAAUUAUGAAUGAAUAAAAGUACAUGUUCAGUGGCCGAAUAUUGGACUUGGGCCCAUCAGCAUUAUUUUCUUGCCUAAAAUCGGCUGAGCCGGGCCUUUUAAUGAGCAGCGUGUUAAAAAACACACAUCAAAAUGCGCACUUAAAAAUGAGAGCUCUACUUGGUCCCACACUGUAAAAACAGCGUGGAGCAUUUAAACACGAAGCUCCAAUCAAUGUUGUCCAGUUUUUGGUGACACGUUUAAAAGCUAAGCGUGCUUAGACAUAACUUAAUGUGCUUAUGAUCUUAACGUGUUUAGCAUUAAAUGUGCUUAGGUAUUUGACAUCAUGAUGUCAAAUAGUUCUACCACAUUUAAUGCUUAACACGUCAGAAACCUAAACAAACUAGACCUGGCCUAAACACGUUUAGCUUUAAAUUUUUAAACGUGUCACCAAAAACUGGACAACAUUGCGUGGAGCUUUGUGUUUAAAUGUUCCACACUGGUUUUACAGUACAGCCACCAGUGUAUUAGCUGAAUCCUCAGCCAAGGUCCACAUACCUUGUUACGCCGCUGUACAUGUCAUGAUGUGAAAGAAUUCUACCACAGUAGUAGUUGUACUUAGCCGAAAUAACAGCGGUAAAAUUUUGCACAAUGAAACCACUUACAAUUUUUAUAUAAUAUAGUUCUUUAACCGUAUAAAUUAAAUUAUUUGAUCAAUUCUUGUUGAACAUCUAACAAUGGAGAGAGUACAUGCAGUGUUAAACAGUUCUAGUCACCAAAUGUAAGUUUAUAGGCCUACAUGUCUUUGUAUGGAGUGAUUAGUUAAUAGUUUAAGAUAAGAUAAAAUCUUCCAUCUGGCUCUCUCGUAAAUCGUCGACUAUCCUUGCAGAUGUAUAACGCAACUAGAGGUGCACUUGCGAAAUUGUAUCAAUAAUUAUACGUUGUAUGGCUGCAAUAUUAGCCAAUUAAAAUUGAAACUCUGGAAGAUUCACAACCGAAAUAGGAGCAUGUGAGCCCUUAAUUAUGACAACAAUUAUUGAAGGAGCCACGCUAGUACAUAAUACGAAAACUUUUUUAAAAAAGAAAAUUUUUGCUACGGAAGUAAUGUUUUUGAUGCAAUCAAAUCAAACAGCUUAUUUUUUCGGAGCAGGAUCUCCAUUCAGUUUAAAAGAUUGUUACUCGGAGUUUUGUAUUUUAUGCAAUCUUACAACAAAACUGUUGCUACUUGUAGUUUUCUAUAGUAGAGAAUAUCGAAUACUAUAAAAAUAAUCUCACUAUAAAUAAAGACAACCUCCAAAAUGAGGA